AUGAAUUCCCAACAACAAGGGACUGACAACAACAACAUAAAUUGUUGUUCAAUCCUAGAUUGGGAUCAACCUUUGACAGACCAAGAACUUGAAGCCAUUGAUGCAAUAGAAGCCUCAUUUCAAUCCUCCACACCACCACCACGACCAUCAUCAUCAUCAUCAUCAACAGCAACAGCUCCUUCUUCUUCUAUAUUCAAGAAACGACAUUCAAGUCCACAAAACGAUCAAGAACUUCCAAGAACUCGACGCCAAUUGCCGAGUUCUCUUUUUGCUCUCUCCAAACCUUUUUCCCUCUCUCCUUGUCAAGGUAGUGUGAAGAUGAGAUAUCCUGCAAUGAAGUUCGGGGGUCAAAUUUUGUAUAGCAGAACUGCUAUAGAGGUAGAGAAAGCUGCAGGGGAGCUUUUACAGAGUCUUAAAGCUGAAAAGGGAGAAACAGGUCCAGUUAUUGUUGGUUUUGAUAUUGAGUGGAAGCCCACAUUUAAAAAAGAGUAUAUUACUGAAAAUGUUGGUUUUGACUUCCUUGCUUUCCCGGUGCUUCUGGAAGAGAAAGGUAUGUUGCCUGGAAAAGCUGCAGUUAUGCAGAUAUGUGGGAACACUAGUCUUUGUCAUGUGAUGCAUAUUUUUCAUUCUGGAAUCACUCAAAGUCUGCAGUUUCUUCUAGAGGAUUCUACACUUGUAAAAGUUGGUGUUGGCAUAGGUGGUGACUGUGUUAAGGUUUUUAGAGAUUAUAGUGUCUCAAUUAAAUCAGUGGAGGACCUUUCCUAUCAUGCAAAUCAAAAGUUUGGGGGAGAACCUAAAACUUGGGGUCUUCAAGCUCUAGCAGAGAUUCUUGUUUGCAAAGAGUUGAAUGGCAUUUGUGGAGUAGAGCUAAGAAAAUGGAAAGCGUUAUAUGCUGAAGCAUUACACAAAGAGGACUCAAGCUCAAGCAGAUGUGAGCCUUGGCUUCAAAAGCCCAACAGAAUCAGACUUGGAAACUGGGAAGCAGCUGUUUUAUCAAAAGAACAACUACAAUAUGCGGCUACUGAUGCUUUCGCUUCUUGGCAACUAUACCAAGUGUUAAAGAGCCUCCCAGAUGCAAAGGAUGCUACUGACCAUACAAGUCAGGAACCGAAAGUCGAAUCAACAUAA